AUGGGGAGUAUGUUGGCCCAAGAGGAUAUUAGUGGUGUUGAAAGACCCACAUAUUACCUCAGUAGAGUAUUGGUAGAUGCUGAAACUAGGUACAAUCUCAUAGAGAAACUGUGCAUAUGCUUGUACUUUGCCUGUAUGAAAUUAAAGAAAUAUAUAAAACCAGUUGAUAAUUAUGUUUUGUCUCAUUACGAUAUUAUUAAACAUAUGUUGUCUAAACUCAUUCUGCACAGUCGAAUUGGAAAAUGGGCACUGGCUUUAACAGAUUUUUCUAUGACGUUUAAACCUUUAAAGGCUAUGAAAGGCCAGAUCAUGGCAGAUUUUAUAGUGGAUCAUGCCAUGGUAGAAUCGUCUCUGAAUAUGGUCGACACUAAACCAUGGUGUUUGUAUUUCGAUGGGUCGAGUAACAAGGACGGAACGAGAGUCGGGGUAUUAAUAUUAUCCCCACAGGAUGGCCCGACGAAAUUUAAGUGCAAGAUCAGCGAAAAGUGUUCCAACAAUGAAGCCGAGUACGAGGCCUUAAUAAUUGGUCUUUGA